AUGGCCUCCCCCGUUCCAACGGACGAAGAGUUCCCUCUUCCCUGCCCCGCCUGGAUAUUCUCCACCAAUUCGGACAUCCACCGUACUAACAUUGCCAAAGACCGCUGCUGGUUCACCGACGACUACACCCCAUUCGUAUCAUACAUCGAAGACGGAAUGCUCCAAAACCUCAAAUCCAUCGGCUUUGGAUCAGUCGAUAUCCCCACCAAGACCGCACCGACGCGGCGGGGUCCCAGCUCGCACGGCACCCUCCAUCUAGAAGACGUGCUGCAUGUCCCAGCCGCAUUCUGCAACAUAAUCGGAGAGCCCAUUGUCGGAAAAUACAUAAUCGGAAUGGAGUUCUCGAAGAACCGAGCUGGUUCUAUCACCAGUCACCCUGAUGGCCGCGCAGUGGCCUACUUUAAGCCCCUUACCCCACACACCCCGCUGCCUGAGCUCCGGCUCACCGGACCCCCCAUCGGCCCGGUUGUUGGGCCUUCGCCUUUUGAUCCGUCUGAGAGACCUAAUGUUCUCGCCCGUUGGCCGGAGAGUGAGCGGCAGAGGUUUGCGGUCUGGUAUACCUCUGGGAAGCAGGCCGCUCGUCAGAAGGGUCCUAGGGUGAGGUUUGCUAGUCAGAUAGCUUCGAGUGAGAAGGCUCCCAGUCAGAAGGUUACUAGUCAGGAGGAUUCUAGCCAGAAGACCACUAGUGAGAAGGCUCCUCAUCGGCAGGGCUCUCCUGAGGAAGCUUCUCGUCAGGUUCAGGGGGCCGCAGUCGGGCCUCUUACAGAAGAGGAGACAGCGUGGAUGAAGAUGCACUAUGGUAGCGAAUUUAGGUUUCUUAUACUCUGCCACCUGAGGGUCUACAAUGAAGGGGACCGCCAAGAAGGCCGUGCCAUUCUGCGCGCCCUGAUAGCUGAGGAUGAACCUGAGAUCAAGCCGCAGGACCCAAGCGAGCGUCGAGACCAGAAUUGA